AUGCCCAGCGGUCUAUCAAGCGUCACCAUGUACUCGUUCAGAUUCAUCUUCAACUCGCCCGAAGACAUCACAAAAACCCUAGAAUUCCUCCCGCUCGGCCGCAGCCGCCUCUUCAUCUGUAGCUCAUCGCACAAACCCAAACCUCCGGGCCUAAACGACGAAUCGAACGCGACAUUGCUAUUCCGAGCCUUCUUCUCGACCGGACAAAAUUUAACUGCGAACUUCGACUGGUCCACGCCUCUGCAAUUCGGCAACUGCAGAGAACACAUCUGGAGGCUGCUAAAAAACUAUCAAACUUGUCAAAAAGAAAACUCACGCGAAUCGAGUGAUUCAAACAACAUGAAAAGAUAUCCCCCACCUUACCAUUAUCCAACCAACACUCCAGUUCCCAUCUUUGAAGGCAAAAUAUCAAUGGUGGAACAUGGUUUUAUUGAAAGUUUCACUCACGCGCGGGAAACCUUUACCCAAGCCCUCGACGUUAACGAAAAACCCCACGAUAUCUCGUCUGUAAGGCAAAUACGAUUUCUUCUUAUUCCCUUCGGCAGCCUCUCGGUACAGCGCCUCGUGAGCCGAGCGCGCGCCCUUUCUAUCUGUUUCCUCGACCGGCAACCGGUCCUCCCGUCGAAUUUGCCCUUCCCCUCGCUGCUGCUGCGCAGCAGGUUACGGAUACUCCACCGCCUGAGCGCCGACCCCGUCGAGCUGCUCUUCCUGCACCGGCCAGGUGACGGGUGCCACGCGCAGUACGCGCCCGCCGGAACGUCCUCCGGCUCUUCGGCCUCCGACGACGAGCACGACGCCGGAUUUUCGCAGCCCUCGGCGAAGAGCUUGCUCAACGGAGCCGCGACGCGCGUUUCCGGCGGUAUUUUUUCGUCUGGCAAAAGGUCUCGAUCGAAUAAUGGGAAUACGGUGCCGUUUUGGGAGUAUCCGGCGAAAUCGACGGGUGAAAUCUCCCCGCCGUCGCGAACCGGGGCGAAUUCGAAGUCGUCGUCGUCGUCUGAUCCGAUCCGUGCGGCGGCGCUCGGAUCUCCGGCCGCCGGUCUCGCGGCGAUCUGCGCUAAUCGGUCGGAGGAGUAG